AUGAGCUUUUCUCACUGUGUGAAAGAGGAAGAAAGGACAAAAAAGGACAAGACUGGAAGUGCUCACUUGGCCACUGCCUCUAAGGAUAAGUGCAAGAAAAGGAAAUUUGAGAAUGAAGUUGCUAAAGGUCCAGUCCAAAAGAAACAACAAAAGGAUUCAGAGGAGCAUGGCCUCUAUGCUUCAGCAUACAACUACUAUGCAACCACAAAGUGCGUGAAAGAGCCCCAAGGAGCUCUUUAUGGAGGUGGUGUAAUAGUUAAUCCAGAGUUUAAACAUAACAGUCAAGGGUGGAUGGUGUUUGGGAAUGGGAAAAUAGAGGAACGAUUAUCAAAGGAAGGAAACAAGUUCAUUGUCGCACACAGUAGAACACACCCAUAUGACAGUUUGUCUCAGCAAGUUCAAGUUGAGAAUGGAAAAAUCUAUACUUUCUCAGCCGGGAUUCAAGUCAGUGAAGGAAGUGAGGAUGUAACAGUUGUCUUUAAAUCCAAAAAGGGACAUCUUAUACAUGGUGGCACAGCCAUAGCUAAGAGUGGAUGCUGGACUCUGCUAAAAGGUGGCAUGGUGGCAAAUUUCUCUAGCCCUGUUGAUAUUUUCUUUCAGAGCAAGAAUACAUCAGUAGAAAUUUGGGUUGACAGUGUUUCACUUCAACCAUUCACCCAGAAGCAAUGGAGAUCUCACCAAGAAAAAAGCAUUAACAAGGUUCGAAGGAGUAAGGUGAGGAUUCAAGUAACUCAUGAGAAUAAAACUCUAUUGCAAGGUGCUGUAGUGUCUAUCAAGCAGAACAAACCAGGAUUCCUAUUCGGAUGUGGUAUGAACCACAAUAUACUAACAAGUACCCAGUAUCAAAACUGGUUCUCAUCAAGAUUUCCAGCUACCACUUUCACAAAUGAGAUGAAGUGGUACAGCACUGAGAAAGUACAAGGCCAUGAAAACUACACCACUGCAGAUGCCAUGGUGGAAUUUGCCCAAAAGCAUGGCAUUUCCAUUAGAGGUCACAACAUAUUCUGGGACAAUCCUAUCUACCAGCCUUACUGGGUUCAUUCUCUUUCUCUCGAUGAGCUGCGAAAGGCGGCAGCCAGAAGAAUCGUUUCUGUAGUUUCUAAGUACAGGGGAAAGUUAAUUCAUUGGGAUGUUAUGAAUGAGAAUUUGCAUUUCAGCUUCUAUGAGGAUAAACUUGGUAAAACUGCUUCUGCUGAAUACUAUAAAAGAGCUCAGCAGCUUGAUCCACAAACAACCAUGUUCCUGAAUGAGUACAAUACAAUUGAAUAUUCUGGUGACAACGCUGUUACCCCAGCUAAAUACCUGAAGAAAAUUGAGGAGAUUUUGUCAUAUCCUGGAAAUGCUAAUUUGAAAUUGGGAAUAGGAUUACAAGGCCAUUUCACUUCUAAUCAACCAAACAUUGCUUAUAUGAGAUCUGCUUUGGACACUUUAGGUUCAGCAAAGUUUCCCAUUUGGCUUACAGAAGUAUCUGUGGACAACACCCCCAAUCAAGCUAAGUACUUGGAAGAGAUACUAAGAGAGGGCUAUGCUCAUCCUGCUGUGCAAGGCAUAAUCAUGUUUGCAGGUCCAGCCUAUGCUGGGUUUAAUUCCACAGUUCUUGCUGAUCAAAACUUCAAGAACACUCCGGCUGGAGAUGUCGUCGAUAAGCUGAUUCAAGAGUGGAAAUCCGGGGCUGAUCAAGAGACCAGAACAGACGGUCAAGGAUUCAUAGAUGUCUCACUCUCUCAUGGGGACUAUGAUCUGACUGUAAAGCACCCUUUUACAAACUCUUCAGCUAGACUGAGUUUAAGGGUCGGAAAAGAUAAACCGCUGGAAAUCAUCCAUGUAAGUAUUGAUACCUGAAAUAUCAGUCUACAUAAUACGACGAAUAAAAGCUUAAUAAGAGAUUUUAUCUUCAGUUCUCUUCUUUUUUUUUUUUUUGAA